AUGAAGAAGGCGGACAUAGAGGAUGGGCUUAUAAAAGCCAUCGGUCCUGCUGACAUUAUCCAAAGACAAUUCUCUGAAGAAACCUUCGAAGAGAAAAUCGACUGUUCUGGGAAAUGUAUUUUGCCAGGUCUGGUGGAUGCACACACACACCCAGUGUGGGCUGGAGAGAGGGUUCACGAGUUUGCGAUGAAGUUGGCAGGAGCCUCGUACAUGGAUAUUCACCAGGCUGGCGGCGGGAUCAACUUCACGGUGGAGUGCACGCGGCAGGCCUCUGAAGACGAGCUGUUCGACUCCUUCCAGCAGCGACUUCAGUGCAUGAUGAGGGCUGGCACCACGCUGGUGGAGUGCAAGAGCGGAUACGGCCUCAACCUCCAGACGGAGCUCAAGAUGCUGCGUGUGAUUGCGCGCGCCCAGCGGGAGUUGGAAGUCAGCAUUUCGGCCACUUACUGCGGGGCUCACUCCGUGCCCAGAGGCAAAACUGCCACUGAAGCUGCUGAGGACAUUGUCAAGCACCACCUCCCGACGCUGAAGGCACUUGGCAGCAGUGGGGAAGUCCACGUGGACAACAUAGAUGUUUUCUGUGAAAAGGGCGUCUUUGACCUCGACUCCACCAGGAGGAUUCUGCAAGGUGGAAAAGACAUAGGCUUGCAGAUUAACUUCCAUGGGGAUGAGCUUCAUCCGAUGAAGGCCGCCGAGCUCGGUGCGGAACUGAGCGCUCAGGCCAUCAGCCACCUGGAGGAAGUGAGUGAUGAAGGCAUCGCUGCCCUGGCAACAGCCAAGUGUGCCGCCGUUCUGCUGCCCACCACAGCCUACAUGCUGAGGUAUGGUGGAGAGAUGGGCCAGCCAAUGGUCAUGCACUUGGCCUGUGUCAACAUGAAAAUGUCCAUGCCUGAGGCCUUGGCUGCGGCUACCAUCAAUGCAGCCUAUGCCCUGGGGAAGUCUCACAUGCAUGGAUCUCUGGAAGUUGGCAAACAGGGAGAUUUUGUUAUCAUCAAUUCCUCCAGGUGGGAGCAUUUGAUUUACCAGUUUGGAGGCCACCAUGAGCUAAUUGACUGUGUUAUAGCUAAAGGGAAAGUCAUCUAUAAAAAAUGACGACAUAUGAAAAGAAAGAGCAGAGUCCAGAGCUGUGGAAAACAAGUCGAUCUGGCUGUGCUACAUGUGAAGACCCUGUAGUGAAAACAUUAGGAUGGUGUAAUUUACACCUAAAGAUAUUUCAAUUCUUGUUAAUAAACUCAAAGACCCAAGGCAUUAA